UAUGCAACUGUGUACUGGAUGAGUUCUGCAAAGACAGUACAAGUCAAAGAUAUACUGGACAAGAAUGGGGAUGCCUAUGGCUUUUACAAUGACUCUAUGCAGACUACAGGCUGGGGCAUCCUGGAGAUCAGAGCAGGGUAUGGUUCUCAGGCUCUGAGCAAUGAAAUCAUCAUGUUUGCAGCUGGCUUUUUGGAGGGUUACCUCACUGCCCCACACAUGUAUGACCACUUCACAAACUUCUACCCACAACUGAUUAAGAAGCCUUCCAUGAUAGAUAAAGUACGGAAUUUUCUAGAGAAGCAAGAUCAGUGGACUCGGGAAAAUAUCAAAAAUUUUAAGGCUGACCCAUUUUGGAGACAUACUGGCUAUGUUAUGGCACAAAUGGAUGGGCUAUAUGUAGGAGCAAUGAAAAGGGCUGUUUCAGAAGGGAUAAAGCCCCUCACGCUGUUCCAGAUUCAGUUCCUGAAUGCUGUUGGAGAUCUGUUGGAUCUGAUUCCCUCAUUCUCUCUCAGUAAAAACAACAGCCUGAAGUUUCUAAAAAGAGUGGAAAUGGGACAUUGCUCUGCUCUCAUUAAGGUUCUUCCUGGAUUUGAGAAUAUCUUUUUUGCUCACUCAAGUUGGUUCACAUAUGCAGCCAUGCUGAGGAUAUAUAAACACUGGGACUUCAACAUCAAAGAUAAAGACUCCAAAAGUAAUCGUCUCUCUUUCAGCAGUUACCCAGGGUUUUUGGAGUCUCUGGAUGACUUUUACAUUCUUAGCAGUGGUUUGAUAUUGCUGCAGACCACAAACAGUGUGUUUAAUAAAACUCUACUCAAGCAAGUGGUACCCCAGUCUCUCCUGGCCUGGCAAAGAGUCCGUGUAGCCAAUAUGAUGGCAGAUGGUGGUAGGAUGUGGGGAGAGAUCUUUUCAAAAUACAACUCUGGUACUUAUAACAAUCAAUACAUGGUCCUGGACCUGAAGAAGGUGGAGCCGGGUUACAGCCUUGGCAGUGGCACUCUGUACAUUGUAGAGCAAAUUCCUACAUAUGUUGAAUAUUCUGAACAAACUGAAGUUCUACGGAAAGGAUACUGGCCCUCCUACAACAUUCCAUUCCAUGAAAAAAUCUACAACUGGAGUGGCUAUCCACUGUUGGUUCAGAAGCUGGGUUUGGACUACUCUUAUGAAAUGGCUCCCCGAGCCAAAAUCUUCCGGCGUGAUCAAGGGAAAGUGACUGAUAUGGAGUCUAUGAAAUAUAUCAUGCGAUACAACAAGUAUAAGGAAGAUCCUUAUAGUAAUGGUGAUCCCUGUAGUACCAUCUGUUGCCGUGAGGACCUCGCCUCAGUUAAUCCAGUUCCUGGAGGUUGCUAUGACACAAAGGUGGCAGAUAUGUAUCUAGCAUCACAGUACACAGCCUAUGCCAUUAGUGGUCCCACAGUACAAGACGGUCUCCCUGUUUUUCACUGGAAUAAUUUCAACAAAACUCUCCAUCAGGGCAUGCCAGAAGCCUACAACUUUGAUUUCAUCACCAUGAAACCAUCUUUGACACUUGACAGAAAAUGAAGAUUAGGAAAUACAAGGCUGCAGAUAAAGAUACCAAAGGCAUUAUUUUAGCUAUGUUUUUCCCUUCAGAAUUAAUCUUAAUAAAAUAUAUGAAAUUCAGUUUGUCACUUUC